AUGGAAAAUCGAGCCCGUUUCAGGUUUCUAUACCUCGAUUUGGUUACUAUUCGAGAAGUUUUAAAUGUUCUGGAUCCCUUUGAUUAUGUCAACUUCUCUCGAGCUUCAAACAAAUGCAGAAAACUCUCAACAAUCAAGAUAUCUUUUGGUUUAUUGCAUCUCCGUAUCACUGAUUGUACCAAGUUAAGUAUUGGGAACGAUCCCAUACACUACUGUCUUGGGUGGACUGCAGAAAAAGAAAACGACGGAACUCGGGAGUACGUCACGUGGCCAGACCAGUCGCAAGAGAUUGUUCAAAAACAUUCUGAGAAUCCAUUGGAUUCUAUGAAGGAACUCUAUCUUUACGUCAGAAGCUUGAUGGGUAUUAACAUAAUUAGUGUAGAUUUGUUCAUGAACAGUUUCGAAGGACAAUGCAGAGAAAUCGUCGAUUCGUUGCGUUCAACUUUUGAUGAAGUUACGAUUUUGCGAAUUUUUGGAAAAGAUCAACGACAAGAUGAAAUUGAGUAUAUAUUGGAUAAUAUGAAACACACGAACCAAUUGGAAGUCAACGUGGAUACAAUGGAUAGACUUCCUUUAAAAAUUCCGGAGACCAUUGAACGGCUGCAAAUCGAAUUUGGAUCAUGGCUCACGUUGGACUAUAUGAUGAAUUUAAAAAUAAGUACAAUUGUAUUAUGGAACACAUUUUUGACUAAUGAAGACCUGAAUGUGAUUUUCAAGAGCUGGAUGGAAAUGAAGUCCUAUCAAAAUCUGGAAUACUUGGAAAUGAAUCUCAGGAAUCUAGAAGAUUGCGUUGAAGUUGCUAUGAAAGAUAUUCCAUACGAAAUAAGACACUCAAUACCUACACCGUGA